AAGUUCGUCGGCUAGCGGAUCGGAACUGUGUGUGCUGAUGAUUGUUGGUGAGGACGAAAGUUGUGACUUUUAUGUGUCUAGUGUGAAAGGACUUGAGUUUUAAAAGUACUUGUUAACAGAUAAGUCCACCAUGCCUAACAACCACGUCCAAGAAGCCAUCGACACCCAGACCAGGCUACAGAAAGCAGCAGAAGAAAGUUGCAUUAGAGCCUAUGGGUAUAAUGUUACAAUCAAGAACCAGAACCCUUUCUACAACGAGACGUCUCAAAGUUUUAUGUGCUCUCCCUUCUGGGAUACCAUUUUAUGCUGGCCGUACACCCCAGCAGACACGCUUGCAGAAAUGGGAUGUCCAUCACUAGUCACAGGAUUCAGAACUACGGAGAUCGCUACAAGAAAAUGUACAGAGAAUGGAACUUGGUUCAUCAGUGACAGUACCCAUGAACCUUGGGCAAAUUAUACAGCUUGCAUGAAUGGAACUUCCACCACAACAAUUUUCAUGAAUAAUCUCAGAAAAUCAGAAAUAUCCCAAAACUCUGCGGCUAUUUUCCCAGCAUUAAAAAUCAUAUCCCAAACAGGAUAUGCUGUGUCCCUCAUAUCUCUCAUCAUCGCAUUCUGCAUAAUGUUCCUCAUCAAGAAGUUACACUGCGCUAGAAAUAUACUUCACAUGAAUCUGUUCGCCUCGUUUAUCUUGAGAGCGUUCUUCUACAUUUUAAAAGACGUACUUUUUAUCGGAGGAGUGGGUUUUUGGAACGACUUCAUAAUAAAGAAUGGGGAGCUUUACUUCAAAACCGAUGUAGAGACAAAUAACUACGAAUGCAAACUACUUUCCUCACUUGUUCAGUACUUUACUACAGCUAACUACUCGUGGAUUUUAAUGGAAGGGUUAUACCUGAAUAACUUGAUAUUCAGAGCUCUAUUUGCAGAUUCCAGCAAGAAUUUGGUGCAUUACAUAAUAUUUGGAUGGGGUUUACCGUUAUUGGUUAUAAUACCUUGGGUAGUGGCCAGGCUACUGAUCGAAGAUACCCUUUGCUGGACUACCAACGACAAUCUUUUGGUCUACAUGAUUAUUGCUAUACCCACGAUAAUAUCAGUUUUGAUUAAUUUGGUUCUAUUCGUAAUAAUUUCAAUAGUGCUGUACACGAAAUUGAGGUCUCCAAUAAACGAAGACUCCCGAAGAUAUCAGAAGUGGGCCAAAUCGACUCUAGUACUGGUUCCGCUGUUUGGAGUACACUACGCUGUUUUCUUAGUGUUUUUCUUUAUUGGACAAACGGAUCUCUGGUUGGUGUGCGACACGUUAUUUGGCAGCUUUCAAGGAUUCUUUGUUGCCGUACUGUACUGCUUCCUGAACGGCGAGGUAAAGACGGAGUUGAAACCCCACAUUUAUUCCGUACUGACUUAUCUGGCGACUCAUAAGUGUUUCAGCACUUGUUUUCCUUGCCGUGAGAAAUACCUGAGAUCAGCAGUGGGGAGGCAAUCGGUAUGCACGACUAUGUCAUGUAGCUCGUUGUACGCUAACGGUGUUGUUCAUCGUAACAGUAAGUCCAAAUGGGAGAUGUUCCCCAAAAGCAAGCACAGCAACGCUCCGGAUAAAGGGAAAGAGCAUGUCUGUUGUAACGGAACGAGAACGUCUCGAUCCCACAGCAAAUCUAGUCAAAACGGUUUGCAUUUCCUCAACUGCAACAAUAAACACAUUCAGCCAAUGCAGUCAGUACCAAACUUGAGCGUGGAGACCACUCUAUGCAUGGACCAAGAACAGGAGAAAAGACAUUCGGAGCAUCUGACCAUAGAAGAGGAGAUCAGCAUGUUGGAUGGACACUGUUAAAACAGUGGAAACAACAUAUUGCACUGACAUAUCAUAUUUUUUUAUUAUAUAGACAUACAAAUUCGAUGUGAUAAUAUUUAUACCAUUUACCUGAUGUGUAAAUAUGUUGAAAACUGUGAAUGUAUCAUUCCUAUCUUUUAUUUAUAUUUUCGUAAGGUAUAUUUUUUUACUUUAUUAUCUAACGUUCCUUAUAUGUUGACAUACCGCAAAUUGAUGCUAUAUUAGUAGUCGUUUUUGUAUAUUUUGACCCGUUUUGAUGUUGUAUCAACACCUGUGUAUAUAGUUAUGUUACUGUAAAAUGUAUAAAUUUGUCAGUCGUGAAGAAUUUCAUAAAAACAGUUAAAUGUUG